CAAAUUUGCCGCCGAAUCACUGAUUGUUUUCGUCAAGCAUUGCUACAUUCGUCUGCCAAUAAUUAAUGAUUAAAAACCCAUAAAAAUGAGGUUUCGUUGUAAAAUGAUAAAUGCAUUUGCUAUGCGGGAUUUCACAAAUACUGUUACAGCUAUAUCAAAAAUGUCAAAAUCCUGUGUAUUACAAAUUACACCUGAUGAAUUAUAUUUUAUUGUUCUUGAUGACGCGUGUCGAUCGCCAGUCGUUUGGGCUGAAUUAAAUCGUGAUCAUUUUUUUGAGGAGUACUCGAUGGUAGGAGCUAGUGAACAACAGAAUAAAAUAUAUUGUGAAUUUGAUACUCUUAUGCUAACAAAGAGCUUGACAUCUCUUAAAGCAACGGCCAGGAGUGUUAAAAUAAAGCUCACUAAUAAACAACAACCUUGUCUGACUCUGGAGAUUGAACUACCUUCUCUCACAACUGAUUCUUGGCAGUGCGUCCAUGAUGUACCAAUCAAAGUAGUUCAGAGAAAGGAUUGGCAAGCUUAUCAAGUUCCAGAUAUACCUAAUUUUAAUAUAUCAAUAGAAUUACCGUCUCUGAAGCACAUUCGAAACGUUGUGGAAAAAAUGAAAAAUAUGUCUCCUUACCUUACCAUUAUAGCAAAUAAUAAUGGACUUCUCAUUCUAAGAAUAAAUACAGAUGUAGCAAGCGUUGCAACACAUUUCCAAGACCUUAACGUUCCUCGACCAGAUGAAUCAGGUAAAGAUGAAAUAUCAGUAACUGUCGAUAUCAGACGUUUUUUUAUAAUACAUACAUGGGAUUCAGUUCAUCCUGAUACUGUAACAUGCAGCUUACGUAACGAAAGGGUAGUUUAUUUACACCUUAAUUUAACAGAUAGCAUAAAAUUUCAUUACUUUAUACCUGCCGUAGCUAUAUCUUAAUAAGGAUUAGAGUAAAAUAAGAAUAAAUUAUUUUUAUUAGAAA